CAUGCCCCAAACCCAUUCCUCUGAGGUCAACUAAACUAGCGUCUUUGAAAUUGAGGUGUCGCAUAUAUUGUCUCCCAUUAUCAUUUCAUGGAUGAAAUCCAAAUGGGUCAUUCAUAAGUUGAAUUCCCAUCUUCCCUCUUCGGUAAACUCUGUGCUGUCUCUAUUCAAAACGCAAAUCCACCAGGUCCAGUCUUCAAAGUCUUCAACUUUUGUCCUCAAUCACGUAGAUAUAAGCCUUCUCUUAUCUGUCUCUGGAAGGGAAGGUUACUUCCAUCUAGGUUCUUCCAUUCAUGCCUCCAUUAUCAAAAACCAUGAAUUUUUACUACUCCAGAACCAUUCCAUUUUCCGAAAUGUCCUUGUUAUUUGGAACUCUCUCCUUUCUAUGUAUACAAAAUGCGGGGUCGCUUGCGAUGCUGCUAAAUUGUUUGAUCAUAUGCCUAUGAGAGAUACUGUCUCAUGGAAUACAAUGAUUUCCGGGUUUUUAAGGAAUGGGGACUUUGAUACGGGUUUUGGGCUUUUUAAACAAAUGCGAGAAUCAGGUUUCUAUCAGUUGGAUCAAGCAACUUUAACCACGAUAUUAUCGGCUUUUGAUAGGCCUGAGCUUAGUUUUGCCAACAAAAUGAUACACUCUUUGGUGUUUUUAAAUGGUUUUGAGCGAGAAAUAACAGUAGGGAAUGCAUUGGUCACAUCAUAUUUCAAAUGUGGGUGUUCUAGUUUCGGGAGGCAGGUCUUUGAUGAGAUGCUUGAAAGGAAUGUUGUUACUUGGACAGCUAUAAUAUCAGGGCUAUCACAAAAUGAAUUGUUCGAGGAUAGUUUGAGGUUAUUUGUGAAAAUGCGUCAUGGAAUGGUAGAACCCAAUUUUUUGACAUACUUGAGUUCAUUGAUGGUGUGUUCUGGUUUGCAGGCAUUAGGGGAAGGGCGUCAAAUUCAUGGACUUGUAUGGAAAUUGGGAAUUCAAUCAGAUUUGUGCAUUGAGAGUGCAUUAAUGGACAUGUAUUCAAAAUGUGGAAGUCUGGAAGAUGCAUGGAGGAUUUUUGAAUCUGCAGUCGAGCUUGAUGAGGUUUCCAUGACUGUAAUUCUUGUGGGUUUUGCACAGAAUGGGUUUGAGGAAGAAGCCAUACAAUUUUUUGUAAAAAUGGUGAAGGCAGGAACUGAGGUUGAUCCAAACAUGGUUUCUGCUGUUCUUGGGGUGUUUGGUGUGGAUACCUCGUUGGGUCUUGGCCAGCAAAUACAUUCAUUGGUUAUAAAACGAAGCUUUGGUUCUAAUCGCUUCGUUGGCAAUGGGCUCAUUAAUAUGUACUCAAAGUGUGGAGAGUUGCAGGAUUCAAUCAAAGUCUUCAGCAAAAUGCCACAGAGGAAUUCUGUCUCCUGGAACUCUAUGAUUGCUGCUUUUGCUCGCCAUGGGGAUGGCUUUAGAGCACUGCAAUUGUAUGAAGAGAUGAGACAGGAAGGAGUAGAACCAACAGAUGUUACUUUUCUCUCAUUGCUUCAUGCUUGUAGUCAUGGAGGCUUAGUUGACAAGGGCAUGGAAUUCUUAAAAUCUAUGACUGAAGUUUUCAGAAUUAGUCCUAGAACAGAGCACUAUGCUUGUGUUGUUGACAUGUUGGGCAGGGCAGGGCUUCUCAAUGAAGCUAAGACUUUCAUUGAGGGGUUGCCUAUGAAGCCCGAUGUGCUUAUUUGUCAAGCUUUGCUUGGAGCAUGUAGCAUUCAUGGAAAUACUGAAGUGGGGAAAUAUGCAGCAGAGCAGUUGUUUUUAUUAGAACCCGACAAUCCAGUGCCAUAUGUUUUGUUGGCAAAUAUAUACUCUAGUGAAGGUAGAUGGAAAGAAAGAGCAUGGACUAUUAAGAGAAUGAAAGAAAUUGGGGUGGUAAAAGAAACAGGUAUGAGUUGGAUUGAGAUUGACAAGAAAGUGCACAGCUUCGUUGUUGAGGACAAAAUGCAUCCCCAAGCUGUUAUCAUAUAUGGGGUUUUAGCAGGGUUAUUUAGACUUAUGAAAGAUGAAGGUUAUAAACCAGAUAAGAGGUUUAUUCUGUAUUACUUGGAUCAAGAUGUCAAGCACAACUAAUAAUAAUAGUUCUACUGCUUAAUACAUAGGGCUGUGAAUUUAACUUGUAGAGAAAUUUGGAGGACGGGAAGGCUGUUGUUUGGCACCCUUUCUAAUGCUCUCUUUAUUUUAUCUUGAACCAUUUAGAAAGCUGUCAACAAAGUGUAUGUUCAAUGGAAUGGAAUUAAGAGCUCAGCUUGUGCACCUUCAUCA